CUCCUGUUGCCACAGCGUCUGGUCCAAACUUCUCUCUGGCUGAUCUGGAGAGUCCCAGUUACUACAACAUCAAUCAAGUGGCUCUUGGGAGACGGUCAAUAACAUCUCCACCUUCUAGUAGUUCCACCAAAAGGCCUAAGUCACUGGAUGACAGCGAAAUGGAGAGUCCGGUAGACGAUGUGUUUUAUCCUGGGACGGGACGCUCCCCGGCAGCUGGCAGCAGCCAAUCCAGUGGUUGGCCCAAUGAUGUGGAUGCAG